ACAUUAACAAGACAACGAUCCCAAGAAAAAUCGGAAUCUCGGCCUGAAUCUCGAAGCUUCCCACCCAGUGUGAUUUCCAUUUCUGAGACUGGAGCUCCAGAUACAGAAAGCGUUAGCAAAGCAGAAAAUGCCGUCAGUGAAGAAGAAGAAGCAUUUUUCCAAAAAUUCGCACCAUCUCCAACAAUAUCAACGCAUCAACAUUUACAGAUUCCAAUAGAUCAAGCCGGAGCAUCUAAUAUUAAAACUGACGAGAUUACGUCUUUAAGCAAUAAACCUAUUGAUAAAAAUGAACGGAUUUCAGAUCGGUCGAAUGUUAUGGAUGAGCUUGGAAGAUACGCAUCUCAAAAAGAAGAAAAGUCAGUAUUAGAUGGAGCACAACCACAAACGAGACGACAUGCAGUGACACCGCCGAAAGAUCAUUAUACAUCAAGAACGACGAGUUGGCGCAGGUCACGAAACGAUGCCAGAAAGAGCGAUCAAGAAUCAACUACACUUAGUCACCAGCAGGAUGAUGGUCUUGUUCUCAGAAGAGAAAUAACAACUGGAAGAACAAAAAUAUCACCCAAUACUAUUGAUCGUAUUUUUGAUAACAGUAACAGACGUCAAUAUGGAAUGGGUAUUGUUGGAAGAUUUUUUGGUCGAUCAUUUCGUAAAAGUGUUGCUCACAAACCACAAGUAAAAAAGCAAUUAGAUGACAUUGAAGAUCAUAGACCUUACUUCACUUACUGGAUUACAACUGUUCAAGUUCUUGUACUUAUUAUUUCACUGGCGUGUUAUGGAUUUGGACCUAUUGGUAUUGAUUUGAAUCAUCGAUCAGGUCUUGUCCUUGUGACAAGUUUAUCUUUGCAACAAGUAGACUAUCAAGAGCCUGCAAACUUUUGGAUUGGUCCGAGAGCAGCUGACCUCAUUCAUUUAGGUGCUAAAUUUGCACCUUGUAUGAGACGCGAUAUGAAAAUUCUUAAGGAAAUUGAUGUAUGGCGGGAACGAGAAAGAGAUACAGCAUGUUGCAUCAGGAAUGAUGACUCAGGAUGUGUGCAAUCGAGUAAAGCCGACUGUUCAAUCCGGGGAGUGAGAUCUACGAUAACGAACACAAUAUCAACAUGGAAAAAAUGGGGCCCUGGUGAUAAUGGACCUGGUGGUCGAAUAAGUGGAUCUGUGUGUGGUUUAGAUCCUAAAUUUUGCGAUGCUCCUGCUAGUAUAGCACCCUACGAAUGGCCUGAUGAUAUCACUAAAUGGCCAAUAUGUCGCAAAACGAAUCCAUUUAGUCAGCGAUUUCGAAGUAACAAUGGUCAUGCUCAAAGCAACAACAACUUUCCGGUUGGUCGGUAUAAGGAUAAAAUGGCUGAACAUAUGGUAUGCGAAGUUAUUGGACAUCCCUGCUGCAUUGGUAUCCACGGAAUGUGUAGGAUAACGACCAAAGAAUAUUGUGAUUUUGUACAUGGAUAUUUUCAUGAAGAAGCAUCUCUUUGUUCACAAGUUGAAUGCCUUCAUGAUGUUUGUGGAAUGAUACCAUUUUUGCACCCUGAAUGGCCAGAUCAAUUCUACCGGUUAUUUACUACAACAUUCCUUCAUGCAGGAAUUCUUCAUCUUGCUAUUACGUUAUUCGUUCAAUAUUAUUUGAUGAGGGACCUCGAAAAAUUAACGGGAUCUUUAAGAAUUGCUUUGAUUUAUUUUACGGGAGCUUUGGCUGGUAAUCUUGCAAGUGCAAUAUUUAUCCCCUACAGAGCUGAGGUUGGUCCUGCUGGAGCUCAUUUUGCUUUACUUGCAACAUUAGUCGUGGAAGUUCUCAACUGUUGGCCAAUGUUGAAACACCCACGUCGGGCGCUUACUAAAUUGAUUUUAAUCCUCGUUGGAUUUUUAAUACUCGGAGUUUUGCCCUGGGUUGAUAAUUACGCUCAUUUUUUCGGUUUUAUUUUUGGUUUCUUUGCAUCCUACGCUCUCCUACCGUUUAUUUCUUUUGGUGAAUACGAUCGUCGUAGAAAAAUAAUCCUUAUUUGGAUAUGUUUUGUACUUAUAUUAGGUUUAUUUGGUCUUCUUCUUGCUCUUUUUUACAACAUACCAGUGUAUGAAUGUGAAAUAUGUAAACUUUUUAAUUGUAUUCCAUUUACUCGUGAUUUUUGUGCAUCUCAAAAUAUAAAUUUCAAAAGAGAAGAACCUGUAUGACAUAUGGGGCCGCGGUUACCAGUCGAGCGCCGAGUACCGUUCGGCCCCCAAAAUAACGCUCGUCCUAACGCACAUAAUUAUAAUUUUCUUGUGGAUAUUGAUGAAAAUAAUUAUAAAAUCACUGUUGCGAUCUUAACAAUGGUUAUCUCGGUUUCCAUAUAAGUAAUCGAGAUACAAAUACAAUAAAAGUAUUCAAACUGUACUUAAAAUUUUAUAAAUAUUAAGUCCAAUGAAAAUGAAUAUAAUCAUUAAAUUACAUAUAUUGUACAGAUAUUAAUAAUGACAUAUACAUAUGUUAACAAAAUAAUUAAUCACUCUCAACCUUUUCCACUACUGCCAUUCAAUUAUUCAGAAGAUUGAUAUAAGUGACUCGUUGAUACGCGAUAAAUGAAAAAAUACAUGCCUUAAAAUUAAUCGAUCGAACUUUAGGAGCGUUUUAAACUCGAGGAUCGAAUAAUUAUCUCGAGCCGAUGUAAAUAUUAUAGUGCUAUACGUGAAGCGAGUCAAUUGUAUGAGUUGGGUUUGGAUUUGGAUAGAUGCAUUACAAUGUUCAUCCACGAUGACCGCGAGUGCGUAAAAAAUUAUAACAAUAACGAAAAUGUAAAUAAAAAAUAUAAAUUCU